AUGACCGAUCACUUGCUGCAGCCUCGGCUCGUUACAGCCUUGUCGGCACUAGGCAUUGGCCUCUCAACAGCAUUCUCAAUAGGAUCUCUUACAUUGACAUAUUUCGCCAUCCCAGCACUUCUGUUACCCGCCGACGCACCGCUGAUGCCACCAUUAGAACUCGUCGCGGAACGGCGAGCACGACAUUUCCGCACCGAGAAAGCACCUGAACAGCCCGCCGACAGUGGACUGGGCGAUGAGGACGAAACCCUACUAGAUCACGGAGCUGUCGAGAAGAUCAUCAGCGGCAAGAAUCGAUCGUCCUCGGAGGGGUAUCUGCUGAGACAGUGGUUCCACCUGUUCGCCAAGGGGAUGCACACUUUCCCUCCCUUGGCUGUUUCCGGCGCGCUUUGUUACGGCAUCUGCAUCGUGGUCCUGCCGGGCCGUAUAUUGCAAACCAAGAACGUGAGCUUGCUGUGGAAGAGAGGCUUGUUCGCCACGUCCGCUAUCCUUUCCGCGGGAAUCAUGAUUUUCACCUUGACGGUCAUGAAGCCGGUGAAUUCCGCACUCCAUGAUAGGGUGAAGAAGGUGGUGGAGUAUGAAGGUCAGGGGAAGUCGGCCGGAUCGCAGAGUGAUAUCGAGGAUACCGAACGACUCAUUAGGAAAUGGGGCAGAGUGAAUGCUUGGAGGUCGGUGCUGCCGGUGCUUGCGGCGGCUUUCGCUACCGCAGCACUUGCGGUGUGA